AUGAUGAACGUUCCUAAACAGCAGAAAGCAAUCGUCUUCAACACCAAAACAAACAGCCUCUCUUUUACUGAUUCUGCUCCGAUCGUUAUCGCUGCAGACGAGCUGUUGAUCAAAGUCCAUAGCACUGCUAUCACCAACGGCGAGCUCAAUUGGGGGUCAUUCAUCAACUGGCCAGAGGAGCAAAUUCCCUGCUAUGAUGUUAGCGGAACAGUACUUUCUAUACCGACUGUGUCUGGUCCAUCCCACAGCUUUAAAGAAGGUGACAGGGUCUUCGGAAGAAUCAUGGCGAACCGCAGAGGCGCAGCCCAGGAGUAUGCCAGCAUUCUACCAUCUGAGGCUGCGCUAGUGCCCAAGGGUCUCGAUAUGGACAGUGCUGCAUGCGUCCCAAUGAGUGCACACACUGCAUGGCAAGCGAUUUUCGAGAAAGGCCUUCUGACUGGCUCCUUCACGCCAACUUCCGUACCGCAUGUCAACUCUGUCGGCGAAACAGUCCUCAACCAAGCAAGGGGAAAGCGGGUCCUCGUACUUGGUGCAGCGGGCGGCGUAGGCCUAUUAGGCGUCCAGUUCGCAAAGCUGGCAGGCGCAUUUGUCGCUGGCACAGCAAGUGCGAAGAAUGAGGAUUUUCUGAAGGGCUUGAAUGUCGAUGCGGUGAUCGACUACACAAAACUUUCCAUCGCCGAAUAUGUUUCCUCCAACGACAAAUUCGAUAUCGUCUUCGACUGUGUAGGUGGUAAAUCAAUGCUUGAUGGUUGGAGCGGUAUCAAAGACAACGGAGUUUACGUUUCCGUCGUUCCGGGAUUUACAGAGCCUGAAGGCGGCAAGCCGGUCGGUGUGAGAACUGAGUGGUUCGUCAUGGAACCGAGGAGUGAGGAGUUGGCGGGGAUCAGCAGGUUCUUUGAGAAGGGUAUGCUGAAGGUAAGUGUGGAUAGUGUGUGGAAGCUUGAGGAAUUUCGUGAGGCGUUUGGCAAGACGGCGACAGGACAUGCAAGGGGGAAAGUUGUGCUCAAAGUUAGUGAUGAGGAGGAGGAGUAG